UUCCAGUUUCUCUAGAUCCCGGAUUCGAUGUAAAUGUAUGGAGUGGGACAACUAAAUUAUUCUGAUCGCGAGAUCUUUAUCUUUAUAACCUCUUCCUUGCCCUGAUCUUUCUUAUCGAGCUGACCGGUCAGGAGCUACUACUAUUUCCGUUAAAUUUAACUAGAUAUUUUCCAUCGACGCGUCAAUCGUCGGUGAAGGUCAGUAGUAAGCUAUUCAAGCGACCUGCAAGCUUCUGGAGAUGCCUUCAAGGAGUACCUUCAGUGGUGACAGUUGCGUCUGCCACUGUAAUAUAUUUUCAGUGCCUCUCUAUUCAGGGCGGCCAUCACGAGUAUUGAUCAAUUCAUCGGUGAAUUCAUCAUGCCAAGACUCAUGCCGGAAAAUGCCCUUUCAUGCGCCUCCUUCUUCGUGUUGCGGCUGUAGGCGUCUUCGUGCUCGUUCUGAGCACCUUGUAUGCAUAUCUCAGCUAUCGACCAUCGUACGAACUAUAUGCAGACCUGAUCGGCGCAGAAAUCCAGCACUCCCUGUUUGUGUCAGGAUCCUCUACGAAGCACUACGUGAUUUUUCAGCAGCUUCAAGGCGCAGGAUUCAACAAUGAAGCCCAGGAAAUACUCCAUUUCCACCAUCUUGCCUUCUUGACAGAUAGGGUUUACAUUUACCAGCCCUUUUUCUGGCGCCCGCGCAAUGAGCCCCUACCAUUGUCGGCGUUUCUGCUGGGGCCCACUGAAGGGUCAGUUUCUGAUACUGUCUGUCCUACAGAACAGAUCACUCACAUAACUAUCGAUGCCCCUCAUCGUGAGCUUUGGCAGACCGCUUUGGAUGUACUUUCCUCAGAUGAUAAAUGCCUCGCUGUGGAUAACUGGGUCCUAACCCGGAGUUUCCUCGAGUCUGUAUCGGUAGCAGAAAUAUUCCCCUUAUUUUCCGUCUGCCUCUCCACCCAGUUCCUAUGGUCUAUUCCUAUACAGCACCUUGCAGCUCGAACACAUGCAGCUCUCAAUCUACGCUCUUCCUCGUACCCCGUGGCGGACCCUUAUAUUGCACUCCACCUUCGUCGCGGUGAUUUCUCAUCGCACUGUCUUGACCUUGCGGAAUCACAAAAGAAUUUUACGACAUGGGCAACCUUGCCCAACCUUAACAUUCUCCCACCAGCCCUGGAUGUACAGAAUUCUUCAUCCAUUAUGGAACAUUGUUAUCCGAUUCUUCCCCGAGUGAUAGACGCUAUACGCACAGGCCUCGACCGCGCACCGCACGCGCGCAUCCUACAUAUCCUACAUGACGCUAAAUGGGAUCACCCCCUUGUAUAUGCACAUAUGUGGAAGAUCGAAAAAGCUGUCAAAACAUGGGGAUGGGUGGACAGGGUGACACACAGUGGACAGAUCCCAGCCGGCUGGGGGGAAGGCGAUUUUACUGUCGGAGUUGAUAUGGAAGUAGCGAGCAAGGCCGCAUUUUUUAUUGGUGUAGGUUAUUCAAGUUUAACGAGUCAAGUGGUGGCUUUGAGGCUUGCAGGGGGACAAAGCGAAGAUAGUAUUUUGUUAAUGUGAUAUAUUUAUUACUCUUUAUCUGAAUACCGUAUUUAUUAUGAACGAUACCACAUCCUAUAUAUUCUGCUUGGUA